AUGGGUGAAGCUGAGAAAGGUUCAGUGAUUAAAGAGAAGCUUAGGGGUCUUUGUGUUGGUAAUGGGUGGUCUUAUGGGGUUUUCUGGCGUUUUGAUCAGAGAAAUUCCAUGUUGUUGACAAUGGGAGAAGCCUAUUAUGAAGAGCACAUGGGAGCAGUGAUUGAAAAUAUGCUUUCACAGGUCCACAUGCUUGGAGAAGGUGUUAUUGGUCAAACUGCUUUCACCGGGAAGCAUCAAUGGAUGCAUUCAGAUGCUUACAAUGGACAGUGGAAUUCAUGCAAUCCCAUCGAAAGUUGUAGUAAUCUGUUUCAGACAAUUGCAACAGUCUCUGUGGAAUCAGGAGUAAUUCAGUUUGGAUCCACUGAAAAGAUUAUGGAGAGGCUGGAGUUUUUAGACGAAACAAAAAGGGUGUUCCAGGAGAUCAAAAAUCUUCAUGGGAUUAUUCCUCUGGCAAGUGCACCUUCAUGUUUGAACAAUGAAUCCAAUGAUCUAAAUGAAUUGUUUGCUUCCUUAAUUUCAUCUGCAAACUUUCAUGGAGACAUUGCCAACAUACUUGGUGAUAAAUCUAAAGAUCUAGGAGGAAAUUGUUUAUCUGCAAUGAAUUUACAGUCUACAGCAUCUGAUGACAUGGGCUCAGCUGAUAAAACCCUGUGGUUUAGUACAUGGAGUACUGAACCUUCUUUGUUGGCCUCAUAUGACCCACAUUUGGCAUCUGAUAUUGGGGUUCAGGAUUCUCUUAAGACUUGCAGAAACACAGCUCAAGACUCAACUCUCAUUCAAGGCAGCUGUGGAUAUCAGAUGGAUAAUCAGCAAUAUCUACAGGGAUACCCUGUAGAGUUUAACCGAGCUGAUUGUAUUACAGAUGUUUCCAAAUCAUUCAUGGAUGAUCUUUCUCAGUGGUUUGCUGCUUCCCCAGAACAGAACUUCAAUGGCAUGGCAACCACAAUGAAUGGUGACCUGUCACCAGUGUUUGAAAGUACUCCAGUGUCAUCUAGUCUGGUUAAAGGUGAUACUUCUAUCAACUCACCAAUUGAGCAUCCAGCAACUUCUAUGCAAAGUUCCAUCACAAAUGCAUUCAGUGCUGAUGCUCAUGAGAAAUAUAUGACAAUUCAGAGUGCUGGAAAGGAUUUGUUUCAUGGUUUGGGAACAGUUCUCGGUGGUGGUCAAGUCCGUGAGUGCUGGGAAGAUAGUAUAAUGCCAGUAGUCAGUGCUGACUGCUUGGCUGCCGGAACUGAUUUGACCAAAGAGGCGGAAGUUGGUUCUGUGGCUGUCCCCCGGAGGGGGUUAUUCUCGGAAUUAGGACUAGAAGAGCUUCUAAAUGGAAUGAAUUCUACUUCAAGCUCUGUGACUAAAUGCAGUCUAGAAGACCAAUUAUCCACCAGGAAAAGGAAAUUAGAAAGUUCAUCUGUGGGCAGUAAUCAGGUACAGCUAGGAAGGCUUGCUGGUUCUGGAGGGAGCAUGCAUUUGACAGGACCUUUGUAUAACUUGGACAAGACAAACUGUCUUGUACCAAAGAAAGAGGUUCUCCCAAAAUCACAGGUGGGCUUAUGGAUCGAUGAUAGUUAUAGUGUCAAUGCUAGAAGUAUGUCUCAAGCAAAACCACAGAAGGCUGAGGAUCACACAAAGACCGCCAAGAAGAGGGCAAAGCCUGGAGAGAGUACUCGACCAAGGCCCAAGGAUCGUCAGCAGAUCCAAGACCGUAUGAAAGACUUGAGGGGGAUGAUUCCCAAUGGUGGCAAGUGUAGCAUUGAUGCUUUGCUGGACCGCACCAUCAAGUACAUGAUUUUCUUGCAAGGUGUGACGAAACAUGCUGAUAAGCUUAAACAACCUCAUGAGUCAAAGGUUAAUCACAGCAGUAUAUCUGGUGGUAACAAUACUUGGGCAUUAGCAGUUGAGGGUCAAAAUGUGGUUUGCCCUAUACUCGUUGAGGACCUUAGUACACCUGGCCAAAUGCUUAUUGAGAUCCUCUGUGAGGAGCAUGGUUUCUUUCUUGAGUUAGCAGACGAAAUCCGGGGCUUUGGGUUGAAUAUCUUGAAGGGGGUGAUGGAGAGCCGCGAGGAGAAGAUAUGGGCGCGCUUUAUCGUUGAGGCAACUAGGCAUAUAACCAGGAUAGAAGUAUUUUGGUCCCUUGUCCGGCUUCUUCAGCAAAAUGGUACCAGUGUGGUUGAUCCAACCAGUCGGCCCAGCAAUGUAGCAGACACUGGGUUUCCUCCUGUAUUGGAUAGUGUCCAGCCAUGUAGUUUUCCUCCUCCCAUCAGCUUGACAUGAGGUUCAAAACACUUUUGAUUGCUGCUGGAGUACCUUGAGCACUACUUCCGUGGGUGUGCAAUGAUAGGUGUUUUGGUAAUGGAAAAGGUGAUUGGCUACCGUCCCAUUGCCAGUUGCCUUAGAAAUAGUUGUGAGGUGUGUGCAUAAUGUUAAGAAGAAAGAGAUUAGGAUGUGAUGUGCCUUCAAAAAUUGUUGGUGCUGUUUUUGCGAGUUAGUUCCUCAAUUAGGAAAGGCUGUGCAAGGCACAGAACCAUGAUCAUAUGCUGAAGACAUGGUGAACUAGAGUCUGCGCGGCCUCCUCUUCUUUUAGUAGUUGGGAUUUCAUGUUUAUAUCUUCAACCAGAGUACAAACCCAGUAGUAGUAGUAGGCUGAUCACUGAUUUGUUUUCUUGGCCUUUCUGUUGUGGCUUAAUAUUAUUAUAGUAAUGAUGGAAUGUUGUCACUUCUCUU